GUCCUUCCCAGUGCAGACAACUGCCCUCCUGGUGUGAAAAGCAGUGGUGGCCACAGAGGAGGCAGAGGGAUGGCUUUCAUCUGUGCCCAGCCUCCCUACCUGAACCCAGUUGUCCCCUUCUCUGGGAAAAUCCAAGGGGGUCUCCAGGAGGGACUUCAGAUCACCGUCAUUGGCACCAUUUUACCUUUCAAUGGAACCAGGUUUGCUGUGAACUUUCAGAUUGGCAGCAGCGACAAUGACAUUGCCUUCCACUUCAACCCUCGGUUUGAAAACGGCGGUUAUUUGGUCUGCAACACGAAGCAGAACGGAUGCUGGGGGCCGGAGGAGAGGAAGAUGCAUCUGCCCUUUCAGAGGGGGAGUCCUUUUGAGCUCAUCUUCCUGGUGCAGAGCUCACAUUUCCAGGUGAUGUUGAACGGGAGCCACUUUGUGCAGUACCCACACCGUGUGCCCUUCCACCGCGUGGACACCCUGUCUAUCAACGGCAUCGUGCAGCUGUUCUCCAUCAGCUUCCAGAACACUCGUGCAGCCCCUGUCCUGCCUGCCUUCUCCGCGAUGCAGUUCUCCCAAGCUGCCUGUUUCCCACACAAACCCAAGGGGCGCAAACCGCAAAGGCAAACAAUGAUCCACACACCACUGAGCGCCCCUCAACAGAUGUACCCGCAGAAUCCCGCCUUCCCUCCUAUGGCCUAUCCCAACCCAGCCUACCCGAUGCCUUUUUUCACCAGCAUCCCGGGUGGCCUGUAUCCCUCCAAGCGCAUUUUCGUGUCAGGCACUGUUCUGCCCAGUGCUCAGAGGUUCCACAUCAACCUGCGCUCUGGGAGUGACAUCGCCUUCCACCUGAACCCCCGUUUUGAUGAGAACACUGUGGUCCGCAACACGCAUGUCAAUGGCUCUUGGGGGUCUGAGGAGCGAAGCCUGUGCCAAAAAAUGCCCUUCACCCGAAGCAAGAGCUUCUCGGUGUGCAUCACGUGUGAAGGCCACUGCCUCAGGGUGGUCGUGGAUGGUCAGCACCUGUGUGACUACAACCACCGCCUGAAGAACCUAUCUGGCAUCAACAACCUGGAAGUGGCAGGGGAUGUCCAGCUGACCCAUGUGCAGACAUAGGCGGGAUCCCUGCCCUGGGCUCGAGGGCUGGGGCACGUUGCUGUCUGGAUCUGCUCAUCACCUCCACCUUCCCCGUCCCUGCCUCAGCCCCAGCCCUUCCCAGCCUGCCGAGGGUCUCUUUUCUGGGGAGACCACGUCCUUGUUGGGCUGGCUAAGGAUGUGGCCCACCUGGAGUGCCGAGGGCAGCUGGCUGGGACCAUUUUCCUCAGUAGGGGCAGGACCUGGGGCUCCAGCUGCCCAAAUCCAUCCAUCUGAGGAGAGGGGUGGUCCACACAGCCUGCAACCCCAGGUUCAGUCCCCUCGGCAGCAAGGGAGGGUGCUGGACCUUGCCAGGUGCCCAGCCCAGGCCCACACCCCGUCUGCCUCUCAGCUGCAUCCCCAGCCCAGUCAGCUCCAGUCAGUCCCAGGCCAGCAGCUCUUCACUCCCCAGGGGAGGCAGUCUCCUUGGCCCCUCCCUGUCUCCCAGCUUCAGCCUCUCCUGUACCUGCACCAACCCUUCCCCGGAUCCAGGAAAGCUCCCUGAUGACACCCCGCUGGUUUCCUCCAACUGAUGGGACCCUUCUCAGCAGGGGGCUCUCCCCUCCCCUUGUCCUUCAAAUAAAGAAGGAAAAAGGUGUCAACACG